AUGAUGAUCGAUUAUUUUCUGUUGAAGAUUGUCUUUAAAUACACGAGCAUACAAGUAUACCUUGAUAAUCUUUGCCAUGCUUGUUUAAAUAAUGGUGAAACAAUGAUUGACGCUAUGAAAAAAUAUUUUGCUACAUGGCCAAAAGGUCAACGUCCAUUGAUCGGCUGUGCUACACAACAAACAGGAAAACGGCUAGGCGCUCACACGGAGCAUAUCGAUGAAAAACAUUUUGAAUUAUGUACACGUGAAACACGAGAUCUCAAAUUUGAUAUUAUGUUAGAAAUAAAAGAUAACGAACAAAGUGCUAUUAUAGCCGUACCCUAUACAGCUCGAGAACGUGUUCGUAGCCAACCAGUUGAUAUAGAUCCAGGAAACUAUCGUUAUAUUUAUGAAAAUGCACAACAUUUACAAAAUGAAGCCAAUGAACGAAAACGAAAACGUGCCGAAAAAAAGAAAUUACCGAUGCUGAUGACGACGAAGAAAAUUGUAAACUAA